AUGUCACAAACCUUGAUUCAAAGUCAAACCUUGAAUCUAUCUGGAUGUGUUAUUAGUUUGAACCUUCGGAUUGAGUUGGCGAGCAAAGUCAAUGGGGGAGGCGAGCCUGCAGAACUCGCCAGUGUAAGCGACGCGUAUGUCGUCAAGAACAGGCCCUCAACGGAGAACAAAGAUCUGCCGGAGCACAACCGUGAAACCCACGAAGAGUCCGUGGCCGAGCUCAAGGAACGACUGCGACUUGCAGAAUUGAAUAUAUCGAAACUGGGAGAGCUGUAUCGAAAAUACAGACUGCGUUGGCUAGAGGAAAAUCAUCGGGCAACGAUAUUGGAGGAAUACGCACCAAAUGGAAUCAGUACUACCUCUCCUGGCCAGAUUAUAUGGAACGCCCCUUCUCCCUUUCCAACUAAUGUCAACGACCCCGAGAAUCUAGAAGAAGACAUACCGUAG